AGCAGGGAGAGCGCGCCCACCACCUUCCCUUCCCCCCUCGAUGGGAGCGGGGGCGUCCCGGCUCCCGCAGCCGCCAGAGGAGGGAGAGCCGGGGGCCGUCGCUUUGGAGUUGGGGCUGAGCAGUCCUCGGGGAGAGCGCGCCAAGACCGCUGCAGCCACUGGCUGACGGAAGGAGAGUUUGCAUGGAAGUGGCUUACAGAAACUUGGCACUGAGGUGCAGGGAACCGAGAGACUCUUUGUGCCUCUAAGGCCGAUGAGGAAUUUGCAAACACAUGUGGGACAUAUAAGCCUUGGAUGCGGAGGUUGGACCCAUCCACAGUAAUGGCUACGGCCUUACCCAGGACCCUGGGCGAGUUGCAGCUGUAUAGAAUAUUACAAAAAGCCAACCUACUUUCUUAUUUUGAUGCCUUUAUCCAACAAGGUGGUGAUGAUGUCCAGCAGCUCUGUGAAGCAGGAGAAGAGGAAUUUUUGGAAAUCAUGGCACUCGUGGGCAUGGCUAGCAAGCCCCUUCAUGUUAGAAGGCUGCAGAAGGCUUUGAGAGACUGGGUCACAAACCCUGGGCUUUUCAAUCAGCCGCUGACUUCCCUUCCUGUCAGUAGCAUACCCAUCUAUAAAUUACCAGAGGGAUCGCCGACAUGGCUGGGAAUAUCCUGCAGUAGUUAUGAAAGGAGUAGCAAUGCCCGGGAACCUCAUUUAAAAAUCCCCAAAUGUGCUGCCACCACCUGUGUGCAGAGCUUGGGACAGGGGAAGUCAGAUGUGGUCGGGAGCCUAGCGCUGCAGAGUGUUGGUGAUUCCAGACUCUGGCAAGGCCACCAUGCCACUGAGAGCGAGCACAGCCUCUCCCCAGCAGACCUGGGCUCCCCUGCGUCCCCAAAGGAGAGCAGCGAGGCACUGGAUGCUGCUGCUGCACUCUCUGUGGCCGAGUGUGUGGAGCGGAUGGCCCCUACACUGCCGAAAAGUGACUUGAACGAAGUAAAGGAGCUGCUAAAAACCAACAAGAAGUUGGCCAAAAUGAUUGGUCACAUCUUUGAGAUGAACGAUGAUGAUCCACACAAAGAGGAGGAAAUUCGGAAAUACAGUGCAAUAUAUGGCAGAUUUGACUCAAAGAGGAAGGAUGGCAAACAUCUCACACUUCAUGAGCUCACUGUUAAUGAAGCAGCUGCUCAACUCUGUGUGAAGGAUAAUGCCCUGCUGACAAGAAGAGAUGAGCUCUUUGCCUUGGCUAGGCAGAUUUCUCGAGAAGUCACCUAUAAAUAUACAUACAGAACCACCAAGUCAAAAUGUGGAGAAAGAGAUGAAUUAUCCCCGAAGAGAAUUAAAGUGGAGGAUGGGUUUCCAGAUUUCCAAGAUUCUGUGCAAACGCUCUUCCAGCAGGCUAGACCUAAGAGUGAAGAACUCACAGCCCUUAAUUCACAGCAGCCUGAGAAGGUGAUGGCAAAGCAGAUGGAGUUCCUUUGCAACCAAGCUGGCUACGAAAGACUGCAGCAUGUCGAGAGGAGGUUGUCUACAGGGCUUUACAGGCAGAGCUCGGAAGAGCACAGUCCUAACGGCUUGACUUCUGAUAACUCAGAUGGACAAGGAGAAAGACCUUUGAAUCUCCGCAUGUCUAAUUUACAGAACAGACAACCCCAUCAUUUUGUGGUGGACGGGGAGCUAAGCAGACUUUACCCCAGUGAGGGAAAGUCCCACUCAUCAGAGAGCCUUGGGAUUUUAAAAGACUACCCUCACUCAGCUUUUACCUUAGAAAAGAAAGUCAUCAAAACAGAGCCUGAAGAUUCAAGAUAGCUGUGAUUCUCUCACUGUUCUCUGGAAAUGGCAUCAGAUUUAAGGAUAAUACUCCAUCAUAGAAAUAAGCCUUAAUAACCAGUGUUGCCUCAUUCAGCUCAAACAGAUUUCAUAGCCAAAGCAAAAGGACUGGUACGGUAGUCUGCGGAAGCCAGGAAGAUAAAACAACAGCCACAAAAGAGAAAAGAGUGUUACAAUCUAUAACAGUAAUAUUGAUUCAUUCACAUUCCUGUGUUAAAUCAUUUUAUAUGGAAAGGCUUGCAAAUCAAUAUUGUAAGCAUUCAUUAUUUAAGAAUGUACAAUGUAUUUGUGUAAUUUAUAGAAGUAAACUCUGGAUGUUGAGACCUGUUUGGUCCAAUAGAUGUGGAUACAGUUUA